UGCUAUGACAACUGGUCAGGCGAAGGGCCCUCUGGUAAGCUGCGGUUAUGGCCACGCGCGUCUACCUCUCACUUGCAGGAUAUUUUGAAAAGCCUGAUGGAGCGGGUGACCACGAUGUGUGUCAUGCAUUUUCACAAAAACUACCCAGUAUUUCGAGAAUAUUUGAAAAAGGAUCAGGUUGACGAAAAGUUGACGAAACUGGGGAAGAUUUUGGUUGCUCGACUGAAUGAGCGCUUGAACAUGUUGGAGAAGCAAGGCAAAUAA